AUGAGCGAACAAAAGAGAGAAAGGAGGGAAAAGAGAGAAACAGGAAUCUCUAUAGGUGAAAUACCACGUUACUACCCUCCAUCAUUAAAUCUACCUACUCGAGUAGCACCCUACGCUCCUUGCUCUGGCUGUAGUAUGGCCCCUUCCUUUUUGAAGGACCUUAAGAGGCGCUCCAAGCCCGUCGCAAAGACAACAGAUUCCAGCACUGGGGAAUCGAGUGUCAGUAAUGCAAGCAAUGGCAGUGGUCUUCGAAGCAACACAUUCACUUCGAGUAAAUCGCAAAUCUCCUUGAAUUCUUCUUAUGGCGCUACAACGCCGCCAACAAUGCCAAAUUCACAAUCCUCAUCCACCCUCAACGGCAUGGGAGUAACUCGACCAACUGUCUCGACGACUGGGUCAAAUAGAUACAGCGUAUCUGGGAUGUCCGGUUUAGGAUCUCCUUCUUCAAAAUCGGCUUUGCCCGUCUCACCAUACUCACCGCGAAUUUUGUCCAUCACGGACAAUACAUGGGUAUAUCAAAAGGUCUUGUCGAUAUAUGGCACAAUAUCAGAUCCAUCAGAAGUACAGAUAGACGGGACCCUCACAGUCACUCGUCUAGACGAUGGAUUUCCUCCGACAUACUGGCCUGUUUCCGAGUCGCACUUCAAGGCACUUGUCUACCUUAGCCCGGGCCCCAAUCGGUUAAGAUUCGAUUUCACAUCUCCGAAACUUGCGAACAGCAACUCUCCUAAUCCCAUACAUUCCUCUUACCUCACUCUCCACAUGCUGCCAACUCUUACAAAUCCCCCGCUUCAAUUGGUUAUACUACUCGGGAAAGAUUCUCCGGGGACAUUUGAUGCCGUACCCUCGCGCAUCGAGAGAGAGGGCAAUGGCUUAGAUACUGCUAUACGAAAGUUCAGAAUGGCAGCUUAUCUUUGGCAGGCAUUUACCGCCGAGCAGAUGUUUCGAAAUAAGCUUGGUCGAAGGACGUUUAGGUUUGAAGAGGAGUGGAUUACAGGUACUUCGAACUAUAGAGACCGUGAGAUGGGGACCAUGAGAAGUGAAGCAAAAGUCCAUGUUAUCCGAAGCUCGAAAACUGUUGACGAACUUCGACAUCUCGAUGUUGCCCAGCAGAACGAAAAUGGCACCCGCCGAGGUGAUUUGUUUGCCUUUGCUAGUGAGGAUGUCAAAAAUUACUUUAAGCCCAAGCCAGGUCAGAAACAGUAUGUGACAGUUCUCCUCCUGGACGCUCAUUGGGAAAAGCGGCACAACAUGAUCACUGGUCAUGCCGCCCUUGGAGGUGGGGGUGGAGAGCUUCAGCUAGCUAUUUUCGGUAGCCAGGCAUUACAAAGUUACCCAUCUACGCUAGAAGAAGUUGUGCCGGCAUUUUCUGAUUGUACAGUCACGGACACCAAUUUUGUAGCGAAUGACUGUAAUGAAUCUGGCAGCAACUGGGAAGCUGCCAACAUUGGGAUAGGCGCCCACCUGCAUGAAGUGGGCCAUUUGUUUGGAUGCCCUCAUCAGGAGAAUGGGGUAAUGCUUCGAGAUUACGUUACGUUGAACCGGUCUUUUACCACUAGAGAGCCUUAUUCGACACGUACAAAAUCGAAGGGCGGGCUGGUUUUACCCAGAGACGAAUGCACAUGGCAUAGGCUGGACACUCUGCGUUUCAGGAGCCACCCGUCGUUCGCACUCCCCACGGACCCUCCACGAGUUAGCGAUGACUCCAUCCAAGUAUGGCCCGUGGAUAAUGGAAGUGUGAUCGUUACAGCGGCAUCUGGGGUAGCUUUCCUCGAAAUAUUUACCGAGGGCGACGAUCUUUGUCAUCACUGGCAAGAGUUCGGAGAUGGAAAUGGCAACGGGCCCAUCCAACGACAGAUUACUCUAACGGAGCAAGAUCUAAGAAGUCAACUACCUGAGGAACGCCGAAAAUCGAGGCUGAAGCUCUCUGUGAAAUCAUUCGGUGGUGGUAGCCAUGAGGUUGAAGACUUCGCCCAGCUCGUCUCCAAAGCCAGCAAGCUGAAAUUAAAGAAUGGACAAAUGGCCUUCAGAAGCAGUAAAUUGGGCGCGUCACAGAUGGAUGGCACCCAGCCGCAGGAGGUCAUAUUUGAUAGUUCAAUUUAUCAAACAAAACUGAUGAUACAGGUGAGGGUUUGGGCGGGCUUCGCGCUCGACGGUAUAGAGUUUAUUUACGAGGAUGCAACCUCGCAACUUUUUGGCAAGAGGGGUGGAUCGGCUGCAGAUUUUAGUCUCGAUACACGCCGAGGAGAAUAUAUUACCGGGUUCUAUGUCAGAAGUGGGUUGUGGUUGGACGGUAUUGCAAUUAUGACUAGUUUAGGGAGGAAGUCCCAGGUUUUUGGAAACGCUGUUGGCGGUUCUGGGCAUACUUUGAUACCCCCGAGAGGAUACACCAUUGCGGGCGUUUCAGGAUCAUGUGCAGCAUGGAUUGAUGGAUUUGGCAUUAUUCUUACACGAGCCUACUCGAGUACUUGUUGGUAUUUAAAGUUUGCUCAUGCCCCUUGUUCAGCUGUGGCUUGGCGAUCACUCAACGUCAUGGGUGCUAAAACCAAGCUCUUCUUAACGAAAGAAAACAAACCUAGAAAACGACUUCCCAAAAGUCUCAAAAUCAACAACCUCACAAUACCAUCACUUCCCUCUACGCUACGAAUACUCGCCGUAGAUAAGCAAAAGAGAUUGUUGGAGAAGGACACCGGUCAUUUCUCUAUGAUUAAGAUGCUGCAUCUUGCAGAUUUGAUCACCGAACUCAACGGAUUCUGUGGUGUUAUGUCUGUGUUCUCCUCGAUGCGCUAUUGUCUGGGCCCAGCCGACGCGCAUGGAAAUCUUUGGGCGGCUUUGGCUUUCAUGCCAUUUGGGCUGUUCUUCGAUUUCAUGGAUGGGAAGGUCGCAAGGUGGAGGAAGAAGAGUAGUUUGAUGGGCCAAGAAUUGGACUCAUUAGCAGAUUUGGUAUCCUUUGGAGUCUCUCCCGCAGCCGCAGCUUUUGCCAUUGGUAUCCGCACUCCUGUCGACCAUUUCUUCCUGACCUUCUUUGUCCUCUGUGGUCUUACGCGCCUCGCUCGCUUCAACAUCACCGUAGCCAAUGUUCCCAAGGAUGCUACCGGAAAGAGUAAAUACUUCGAAGGCACACCCAUUCCGACCUCCCUCUCCAUCGCUGCUCUAAUGGCAUACUGGGUGUCUAAGGGUUGGAUUCUGGACAAUAUACCAUUGGGAACAGUGGGUACUGGUACCAUGUUUGAAUUCCACCCGGUGGUGGGACUUUUUGUUCUUUGGGGUUGCAUGAUGACUAGUAAAACUAUUCAUAUCCCUAAGCCAUGA